ACGGUGGAGAAGGAGGUGCGCGCGGCGCACAACGUGCUGGAGGCGUGCGCGCAGACGGACGCCAUGGAGCGGGUCGUCUUCACCUCCUCCGUUACCGCCGUCAUCUGGAGCGGCGCCGGCGCCGGCGCCCACAGGGUGGAGGUCGCCGACGAGAGGAGCUGGAGCGACCUCGCCUUCUGCAGGAAGUUCAAGCUGUGGCACGCCCUGGCCAAGACGCUGUCGGAGAAGACGGCGUGGGCGCUGGCCAUGGACCGGGGCGUCGACAUGGUGGCCAUCAACGCCGGCCUAUUGCUGGCCGCCCCCGAGCCCGGGCUUGGGCUCACCGCCGCGCACCCCUACCUCAAGGGCGCCCCCGACAUGUACGACGGCGGCGUCCUCGCCACCGUCGACGUCGGCUUCCUGGCCGACGCGCACGUCGCCGCCUACGAGUCCCCCACCGUCUACGGCCGCUACCUCUGCUUCAGCAACGCCGUCUGCCGCCCCGAGGACGCCGUCAAGCUCGCCCAGAUGCUCUCGCCGGCGCCGCCACGCUCGUCGCCACCAAGCGACGAACUGAAGGUGAUACCACAGAGGAUCCAGGGCAAGAAGCUGAACAAGCUCAUGCUGGAGUUCGCCAGCGGGGUAUACACUAUACAGGGAGAUGGACUAGGAAGGAACUCCCUCCCCCACAGAUGA